AUGCCACAAAAUUUGAAACUUGCGUUGGCAAAGGAGAAGCAGUCCUCACCUAAUCUUGAUAAUGAUGACUCUACUACAGUUGCUGCGGAUGACGAGCCUUCGUAUAUGAUGUAUAUGCCGCAAGAUAGAAGCUUUCAUCACGAUUCGCUAACAGUCUUCGAAGAAAAUGCCGGCUCUUCUUCUCAAGCUUUGAACACCAACCAUGGACCUAGCUCGAGCAUGAGCAAACUGGCAUUUGAUGCUUCAUUGAGACAGUUGUAUUAUAACGAGAACAGAGUUGCGUUGGACAGAGCAAUCACUCAGACGAUAGAAAUGCUUUACGAAUUAUCUGAAGAGAAUAGACAACGGCCGGUAUUCUUUCCGACAGAUAGUGCUGAAUCGGAUAAUGUCUUAUUGAACUCUCCAAGGGCACAUUUAGCGUUAGUGAGAAGAAAUACAGAUCUUGAAUCUAAGAGCGUGGGGAAGUCGGCUAUCGGACAAAUAAAGGAUGAUGAAACUGAAUUAGGAGAAGACCCCCUAGAUGGAGCAGCAUUCAAGGUCCUCAAAAUUAAUUUGAAGAUGGGACACAACGACCAUAAAGUGAUGUCAACACUCGACAAGAAGACAAUAUCUACAUUGCUAGAACAAAAACUAUCACUGCAAGUCAAGUACUUGUUGAACUUGAAGGAGCGUAUUGAUGACACAUCCUCUAAAGUUUUCGUAACCGGAGAUUUGAAUGCUGGUAAAUCGACCUUCUGUAAUGCUUUAUUAAGACGUCAAGUUUUGCCAGAAGAUCAACAACCCUGCACUUCUGUCUUUUGUGAAGUUAUUGAUGCAAGCAAAGAAAACAAUGGAAUUGAAGAAGUACAUGCUGUCCCAAUUGGUUCUGAGUACGACAAAAGAAAUGAAACCACAUAUGAAAAGCAUGCAUUGAAUAAGCUCGAAGAUCUUGUUUACGAGUGUGAUAAUUACAGUCUUUUGAAAGUUUAUGUUUUGGAUUCUAGGGCUGCUGAAGAAAGUUUACUUGGUAAUGGUGUCAUCGAUAUCAAAUUGAUCGAUGCUCCUGGCUUAAACAUGGACUCGUAUCAAACAACCCAAGUGUUCUCUCGGCAAGAAGAAAUCGACUUGGUGGUGUUUGUUGUGAACUCCGAAAACCAUUUUACUUUAUCGGCGAAAGAAUUCAUUGCUGCCGCUGCCGCUGAAAAGAGAUAUGUUUUUAUUGUUGUGAACAAGUUUGAUAAUAUCCGAGACAAGAAUAAGUGUAUGGCUCGCAUCUUGGAUCAAGUAAAGAACCUCUCUCCUGACACUUUCAAAGACGCCAAAGAUUUUGUUCAUUUUGUGAGUUCUUCAGAUGUCUUAGACAAUUUUGAAGGUGGGAACGGAGGACCAGAUGACGGAGACGGCCCAGGAGAUGAUAAGCCACCGUUUGACGAUCCUAAUUUUGACCACCUCGAAGCUUCGUUAAGAAAGUUUAUCCUUGAUAAAAGAUCUAUCUCAAAGUUGUUGCCCGCAAAGAGUUACUUGUUAAAUAUUUUGAGCGACUUAAAAAUCUUGUCAGAAAUCAACCAAUCGAUCUACUUGAAGGAGACGGAAGCUAAGAAAAAAGUUUUAAAGGAAACUAUUGCUCCAAAAUUCAAUUACAUGGUUCAGGAAUCGCUUAACGUCAAUGAUCGCAUUAACAAGUUAGUCGAAAGAACAUCGUCUGAAGCAUACGAAGCGACAAGAAAAGAAAUCAUAGGAACUGUCGAAACUUUUGGUAAUUCGCAAUUCGUGCCGUACAGAGGAUUGCAAUAUGCUCAUGAAUAUGCUAAAGAGACACAGAGACGAAUGAUUGACACGAUUGUUUCAUCUGUUUUGAAAAGUGAACAGAACGCAAGAAUUCUCACGCAGAGUACGGUGGAGGAAAUUAUCAGGUACGGUAAGACUACUCUCGGCGAUGAAUUUCUUGGAGACAAGGUAUUCAAUGCUGAUCUCAUGUUUACCAGAAGAAAAGAUUCUAUUAAAAAGAAGCUUGACGAUCUGAUCGAAGUGUCGGAUUUCUUCGACCCAUCUUUCGAAUCUGUUUUAUCAUGGUUGGGUAUUCCUUCUGAUCAUAUAAUGUCAACCAAGGAUCAAUUGAUAACUUAUUCUCCAACUUUCCUAAUGUCGUCAAUUCCAACUUCUGUGGAAACCUUGAAGAAACUGUUGCCUACUCAACUAACUCUACACACGUUGUAUUCAUCUACUAAAUUGCUCACUACCGGUGCCUUGGUUCGGAAGGCUUAUUCUUUAUCAUAUCUUUUGAAGCCAUCUGUCGUUAAGAAGGCGAUUGUUCCAAUUGCGCUUGGUGUGAGUGGGUUCGCAAUUUUCUAUCUCAUUAGCGACAUUCCUAACGCAUUCCCCAGAAAGCAGGCUAGAAAAUUGAGAAAGCAAGUGUACGACUUGGACUAUGCCCAUGUUAAUGCUGAUCGCAUUUCAAAGGAAUGUCGUCUGGUAUUGAAUUACCCAGCACGACAAGUCAUGAACAAUUUCCAAACAAGCAUUGACAAGAGAAAUAUCGAAAAAGAGAAUCUUGAGAGGGAAAUAAACGAUGCUGAGUUAAGCAGAGGAUAUUUCCUGGACAUGUUGAGCAAAAUCCAAAGACAGCAUGAUGCUGUGGAAGCAAUCGAUCUCGAAGGAGCGAAUAUUGUCGAUUGA